AUGCUGCCGACAGCUUCCAGCAAAAGAAGAACAUUUGCAGCCAGAUAUUUCGCUCGCUCCAAAAGCCUGGUGAUGGGGGAACAGAGCCGCAGCCCGGGGCGGCUGCCCUGUCCCCGCAGGCUGGGCCCCGUGCUGAAGGAGGGCUGGCUGAAGAAGCAGAGGAGCAUCAUGAAGAACUGGCAGCAGCGCUGGUUCGUGCUGCGUGGGGAUCAGCUUUUCUACUACAAGGACAAAGAUGAGACCAAGCCCCAGGGAUUUAUUUCUCUACAAGGGACCCGGGUGACUGAACUUCUUCCUGGCCCUGAGGACCCAGGGAAGCACCUCUUUGAGAUCAGCCCAGGUGGUGCCGGGGAGCGGGAGAAGGUGCCGGCCACCCCCGAGGCGCUCCUGCUCAUGGCCAGCUCCCAGCGUGACAUGGAAGACUGGGUGCAGGCCAUCCGCCGGGUCAUCUGGGCCCCGCUUGGCGGAGGGAUCUUUGGGCAGCGCCUGGAGGACACAGUCCACCACGAGCGGAAGUAUGGCCCCCGCCUGGCCCCCCUGCUGGUGGAGCAGUGUGUGGACUUCAUCCGCGAGCGGGGGCUCACCGAGGAGGGGCUCUUCCGCAUGCCCGGCCAGGCCAACCUGGUGAGGGACCUGCAGGAUUCCUUCGACUGUGGGGAGAAGCCACUGUUUGACAGCACAACAGAUGUGCACACGGUGGCCUCUCUGUUGAAGCUCUACCUGCGGGAGCUCGCCGAGCCCGUGGUCCCCUUCGCCAGGUACGAGGACUUCCUCAGCUGUGCCCAGCUGCUCACCAAGGACGAGGGGGAGGGGACUCUGGAGUUGGCUAAACAAGUGAGCAGCCUUCCCCUGGCCAAUUACAACCUGCUCAGAUAUAUCUGCAAGUUUCUGGAUGAAGUCCAGUCCCACUCAAAUGUCAACAAGAUGAGUGUCCAGAACCUGGCAACUGUUUUUGGACCCAACAUACUUCGGCCACAGAUAGAAGACCCGGUAACCAUCAUGGAAGGCACUUCUCUGGUCCAGCACCUGAUGACCGCCCUGAUCCGCAAACACGGCCAACUCUUCACUGCGAGGGCCGAGGAAGGGCCGGCCUCCCUGCGUGGGGGCCCACCGUGCACAGUGGGAUGGGGCUCCGAGGAGGUCCCGAGGGAUGGCCAGCCAGAACCCAGCAGCCCCAGCAGCCCUGGCCUGCCAUCACACAGGACCUCGUCUCUGGAUGGGGCCACUGUGGCAGCGCUGUCUAGAACCUCCCCCACGGGCCUGGGUAGCCGAGGCAGCCCUGGGAAGAAAGUGCAGACUCUGCCCAGCUGGAAGUCUUCUUUCUGGCAGUCAGGGUCCCGUUCGGGGAGCCCAAAGGUGGGCAGCUCAUCCCUGGAGGUGCCCAUCAUCUCCUCCGGAGGGAACUGGCUCAUGAACGGGCUGUCCUCCCUGCGCGGCCACCGCCGGGCUUCCUCGGGAGAACGGCUCAAGGACUCAGGCUCUUCGCAGAGACUCUCCACUUAUGACAAUGUGCCCCCACCCAGCGGCCUCUUUGCCAGCACCCCCAGUGUGGCCAGCACAGCGUGGUCGGGGGCCUCCUCUUGCGAGGCGUCGGCCAGGGGCUCGAUCAGCAGCUGCACGGCCUGCCGGGCCAGCGACUCAUCCGCCCGCAGCUCCCUGCAUACCGAGGGGGCCCUCGAGCCUUCCCCCUUCCCCAGUAGCAGCGAGGACCGCAGAUCCCCGGACCUGGGCCGUGGCCUGGACGAGGUGGGCACCUGCAUCAGCAGCAGCGAGCCCAGCGACCCAGGCAGCCCCACCCAGGACUAUGCUCGCUGCUCCGAGGCUCUCCAGGGCCUGGUCACAGAGCUCAGGGCGGAGCUGUGCCGGCAGAGGACUGAGUACGAGACCAGUAUAAAAAGACUCGAAGAAGGUAGUGCCAACCUGAGGAAACAAAUGUCACGGCUAGAAGAAGAACUGGACCAGGAAAAGAAAAAGUACACAAUGCUGGAAAUAAAGCUGAGGAACUCAGAGCGGGCGCGAGAAGACGCGGAGAAGAGGAACCAGCUGCUGCAGAAGGAAAUGGAGGAGUUUUUUUCAACCCUGGGAAGCCUGACUGUAGGGGCAAGAGGUGACAAAGCCCCAAAGUGA